AUGUGUGGGAAAAAUGAAGAUGGUGAUUUUGUGGUUUGUGAUGCCAGGCCCUAUGCUCCCUCUAUUGCUUGGGGCCUUGUGUUGGCUGUUUACGUAGCUCAGGAAGUACAGAAGCAGCAAGCAAAGGCCAGAAUUUGCUUUUCCCAGUCACAGCCAAACACGCUUGCAGAGAUUUACCCCAUCAUUAGGUUGCUGAUCAUCAUCGUGCCUUUCUUUUCCUUCUUCCUCCACACAGAGAAGGAGACCUUUCUGGAUCCUUUUGUCCUCCGGGAUCUCCUGCCCGCGUCCCUGGGGAGCUAUUACCGGUACACGGGUUCUCUGACCACCCCGCCGUGUAGUGAAAUUGUGGAGUGGAUCGUCUUCUGGAAGCCUGUCCCCAUCUCUUACCAUCAGCUCGAGGCUUUUUACUCCAUCUUCACUACAGAGCAGCAAGACCACGUCAAGUCGGUGGAAUAUCUGAGAAAUAACUUCCGGCCACAGCAAGGUCUGAAUGACAGGGUGGUGUCCAAGUCUGCGGUCCGCGACGCCUGGAACCACGACAUGACGGACUUCUUAGAAAACCCACUGGGGACAGAAGCCUCUAAAGAAGCAGAGAAGAAGGCCACCAUUAGCCACGUGUCACCUGAUAGCCUUUACCUGUUCCGAGUCCAGGCCGUGUGUCGGAAUGACAUGCGCAGUGACUUCAGCCAGACAAUGCUCUUUCAAGCUAAUACUACUCGAAUAUUCCAAGGGACCAGAAUAGUUAAAACAGGAGUGCCCACGGCGUCUCCUGCCUCGUCGGCCGACAUGGCCCCCAUCAGCUCGGGGUCUUCUACCUGGACAUCCUCUGGCAUCCCCUUCUCAUUUGUCUCCAUGGCGACUGGGAUGGGCCCGUCCUCCAGCGGCAGCCAGGCAACCGUAGCCUCGGUGGUCACCAGCACGCUCCUGGCCGGCCUGGGGUUCAGCGGCGGUGGCAUCCCCUCCUUCCCCAGCACCGUGUGGCCCACGCGCCUGCCCACGGCCGCCUCGGCCAGCAAGCAGGCCGUCAGGCCCGUCCUGGCCACCACGGAGGCCUUGGCUUCCCCGGGCCCCGACGGCGACUCGGCACCGACCAAGGACAGCGAGGGCGCAGAGGAAGGGGAGAAGGAUGAGAAAAGCGAGAGUGAGGAUGGGGAGCGGGAGCACGAGGACGAGGGGGAGAAGGACGCCGAGAAGAAGAAGAGCGGGGUGACCCACGCCGCCCAGGAGCCGAGGCAGGACGAACCCACCGCCACCCCCUCGUCUCCCAACAGGACUGCCGAGGAGGGCGGGCAUCAGACUCUGCCCGGGCCCGGGCAGGACCACACUGCCGUCCCCACACACCGGCCCGAUGCCGUGGGUGGUGCCCGCCCUGGCCUGGAUGCCGCCUCGGUCACCUCCACGCAAGUGCCCCCCACGGUCACAGAGGAGCGUUUCGAAGGGAGUGAUCCCAGGAGGCCCCAGAUGCCAUCGAAAAAGCCCAUGUCCCGAGGGGACCGAUUUUCCGAGGAUAGCAAAUUUAUCACGGUUAAUCCAGCAGAAAAGAACACCUCUGGAAUGAUAAGCCGUCCUUCUCCAGGGAGGAUGGAAUGGAUCAUCCCUCUGAUUGUGGUCUCAGCCUUGACCUUCGUGUGCCUCAUCCUUCUCAUUGCUGUGCUAGUUUAUUGGAGUAUAUUCUGUGUGACUCUGAAUAUCAUUUUAUCACCCCCCACAGAUGACAUGGAAGCCAUUCCUGUCAAACAGUUUGUUAAACACAUUGGUGAGCUCUAUUCUAAUAACCAGCAUGGGUUCUCCGAGGAUUUUGAGGAAGUCCAACGCUGUACGGCCGAUAUGAACAUCACUGCAGAACAUUCCAAUCAUCCAGAUAACAAGCACAAAAACAGAUACAUCAACAUUUUAGCAUAUGAUCACAGUAGGGUGAAGUUAAGACCUUUACCAGGAAAAGACUCUAAGCACAGUGACUACAUUAAUGCAAACUACGUCGAUGGUUACAACAAAGCGAAAGCCUAUAUCGCCACCCAGGGACCUUUAAAGUCUACAUUUGAAGAUUUCUGGAGGAUGAUUUGGGAACAAAACACUGGAAUCAUUAUCAUGAUUACGAAUCUUGUGGAAAAAGGAAGACGAAAAUGUGAUCAGUAUUGGCCCACAGAGAAUAGUGAGGAGUAUGGAAACAUUAUUGUCACCCUGAAGAGCACAAAAGUACAUGCCUGCUACACUGUUCGUCGUUUUUCAGUCAGAAAUACAAAAGUGAAAAAGGUAUUGAAGGAAUAUGGCAUCUUUUUUUUCUCCUCUCCAAGGUAUGGAGCAGUUUCAGCAGGAAUGUUGUGUGCCCUUACCACCCUGUCCCAGCAACUGGAGAAUGAAAAUGCUGUGGAUGUUUUCCAGGUUGCAAAAAUGAUUAAUCUUAUGAGGCCUGGAGUAUUCACAGAUAUUGAACAAUACCAGUUUGUCUAUAAAGCAAUGCUCAGCUUGGUCAGCACUAAAGAAAAUGGAAAUGGUCCCAUGACAGUGGACAAAAAUGGUGCUGUUCUCAUUGCAGAUGAAUCAGACCCUGCCGAGAGCAUGGAAUCUCUAGUGUGAUUGGAAUCCUGAAAGGGCACUUAAUUUGUAAAACUUCUGAAGACUGAGAACUUUUUUGAGGCCUUUUUUGCCAGACUCUAGGUUAUACAAUAACCCAGUUACUUUUUUACACUGAUAAAAGUUUUGAUAUUUAUUUUUUGCCAUUUUAUGUCUUAAUGGUAUCCUACUGAGCAUUUGCACCUCUGUUCAUUUCACACAGUGAAACGCAGUUUUCCCUAGUUUGCACUAUAUGAUCAGUGUUACUGCCUAUAAUCUAAUACUAAAGCAAGCCCUGAUGUGACAUUCCAUGACAACAUACAUGCUACUUUUUAGUUCAGUACAGUGAAGGUCUUUGUUAUGACAGUGGAUCUUGGUUUAUUAUUAUUAUUAUUAUUAUUAUUAUUAUUAUUAUUAUUGCUAGAGCAGUUGCAUCCUCCUAGCAGGCAAUGCUGAGCUUUUCCUCAGUCCUCUCCUAUUUUUUUCAGGCACUGCUCCAUGCUGUCUGCCUUCUGUAUUUUAAUGGAGUGAAUGGGCAUUGUUUUCUUUUAAGGAGUAGCAGGUUCCUGGGAGCUACUAAGACAGUCUAUCAACCUCAUGGCCUUGAAACAGUUCCAUUUAUGAUGGUGAAGGUAUCCAUUAAGAAAUUAGAAGGCUUUAAGAGCUUUAUGUGAACAUCACUUAUUAGUUAAAGUUAUAUUCAUAGCCUAAAAAAAUGCCCAACUGUGUCAAAAUAAAGGAUAUCUCUGCAUUACAAUUUUCACAGUAGCUAUGUGGACGGUGUGUGUUAUUUCCAUCUUGACCCUCUGAAAUAGCUACACCCUACAAUGAGGGCUAUCUUUUACAAUAGAGAUAUGGCAAUAUUUUACACAUCUCACCUAUCCUGUUAGUAACUCUCCAUUCAUGCUUUUUGGUUUCUAACAUCACACCUCAUGGCAAAUAGAAUAGUGAAAAUUUCUGCAGGUGUGUAAUUUUGAAAUUAGUCCUCUAAAAUAUCCCUAUUACUCAUAUAGCUAUCUAAUAAAAACUACCUAUAUAGUUAACAUUCUUUUCUUUCCUUUUUUGCCAAAUGUUUCCUGAUAAACCCCAUAAAUAUAUACGUUCUUCUACUUAGGAUAAAAGUGAAAAUACUGUAUUAGCUAAAGUCUUGGGAGAUUCCCAAGUCUUGUGUAGAUUCCCACACAUGGAUAAGUCUGAUUCAGAGAGAGGAAAUCAGAAUCUUAAACAGAAGGGGAGAUCAACAUUCUCAAGUAGAUUUUAAAAGGAGAUGGCUUUGUGUGCUCUUGUGUUGUGGAGCCCCCAGAACAGACACUUCACUCAAAGAGGCUGAUAAUCAUUACACAGAACCCAAGGAAGUUAUUUGAUCUAGCCUCGGGAACCGUAUUUACCCGGAGUAACUACAUAAUUGGGAAAUUAGAAGCAUUAAUAAGAAAUUUCAGUUCAGUUAGAAAAAUAAGCUACUACUGAGAUCUGUUCUAUUACGUAUUUGCAUUUGAGGAAUAACUUCUGUUAGAAGUGAAAUCAUCACCAGAACUGGGCCUGUCACAGAGAAAAGGGUUUUGGUUAAUUUUUAUGUCAAUAAACUUCGACCAAAAAAAUCCAUACUGGCUACUAUCAUACUAUCUGGGUAGGCUCUAUAACAUUAAUGAUAAUCAGUGCUGAGGUUCUAUUGACCUUCAGUUGGCUGUCUAUGAAGUUUGUCAGAGUGGUGCUAUGGAACCAAAGCUGCAAAGGAGAGGCUACAGGCCCAAGUUUGGGAGUUCCAAUGCAGAGGCCAGGUUGAUGGAGUUUUCAUGAACUAUGCACCUUGCCAGGGUUAAUCUCAUGUUUUCAUCACAGAAAUUCUGUAACAUGGAAAACAGUCCACUGUUCACGAACCGUGUAGGUGAGGCUUAAGAAAAGGUGUACAAGUGAGUAGUGUGCUAAAUGGUAUGUGCUAGAGGAAAGCAACACCUUUGCAGCCCCGCUGCUCCCAUCACAGAUAAUACCAGGAAGCUCUACCGAACACCUGAGGAAGAAAGCUGAACAUAGGACCACCACCACUGCCAGAGGCUGAGAGGAAUCAGGAAGGGCAAGACUGCAGAUCAUGGCAAGAGCUAGAUCAUUUCAGUCAAUUAAGCAGAUUACACUUCAUUUAUAUAUUGAUAGGCGUGAACUCUUUUUAGUAGUUGGCACAUAUUGGACUUUCAGAAGUCAUGUUCAAGUUGGGGCUCAUGGUCCCUUGGUAAUUUUUUCUCUUACAAGUUAACAUUGGUUAGAAAACAGCAAGUGUUUCCUUCUGUGCUUAUAGCGGGCUCAAGUCCUGGGAAGGCUUAAGUUCCAACACAGUUCUGUGACCAUUUCUUACAAAGGUAUCAUAGUCAUAAUAAAAGAAAUAUAGCUAGUAAACAGAAACAUUUAAAAGGAUGGUUUGAAGUUCCCUGAGAAAGUAUGUGUCCAUAGUGGGCUUGAACCAGUCUACAAAUCCUGACACACUGAAAUCUGAGCAAUUGCUAUUUGCCCAUCUUGCCAAAGUGGUCCAAACACACUUCAGUGAGGACAGUUCUAUUCAGCAGUUCCUCACUUUCCCCAGAGAGUGUAUCCUGAAUAUUAUUCUUCAUUUGUUAUCGAUGUUAGUAUUCUUGCAUCUUUCCAGAGGCAGAGAGUUUCAAAGAUAGUGUUUUCUUUGAGACAUAAACACACUGCUGAACUACACAACAAGGUUAUUACCACUUGCACUCAGGGGGAAAGGAAAUAGCUAUUGCAGACUAACAUGUGCUAUCUUAUAAAAUAAGCUUAUUGGGUGUAUGAAUUUAGCUCUAGGUGAACAAAAUGCACUCUUUGUACAAUACUGAGUUGCAGUGAUGAGACCAAGUGGCCAUGCUGGGCAUCAGAGAAGACCCAUAUUGCCAUGAGGAGAACUCUUGCAUCCAAAAGCCACAUCAUCUUUUAUAUAUGUGUGUGUGUGUUUAAAAAAGUUACUUCUGAAUUUCAAGAAUAAGAUUAAUUGAAUUGGCUUUCCUAAAUGUUUAUGCCUUGGAGCUUUUAGAGUCUAUUUCAAGUUGAAGAGUCCAGCAUGGUCAGAGAAGGUUAUGGUGUUCAAGGUUUGGCUGUUGGAAAUUUUAGCCCAGAGUGACAUACCGAAAUCAACAAAUAACCUUAAUUAUUUUAUAAUGACACAGCACAACUGCCUUGUUACGAAUUUUUUCUUAAAUGCAUAUAUAUUUAAAAAUUAAAAUAUAGAUACCAAUUUACCAAAGAUACAUAUUACUAAUUCUAAGCAAAAAAUAAACCCAAACUUAUCACAAUUUAAGAAGUAAUAAUCAAAAUGUAGUUUGUCUUAAGAAUUUAGCAGUUAUACUGGAAAAUGCAUUUUCAACUCUUACGUUCUAAAUUUUAUGUUCAAAUGGUGCCAGUGAAUUUUUUAUAUGAAGGGAAAAUGCCUGCUUUUUUUUUUUUUUAACAGCUAUAAUUUCACUUACCCCUUUGCGCUUUCCCUUAGUUGCAAUUAACAUGCAAUAUUGGCUUCACUUAUCUCUAGAAAGAAGGCAUGCUACAAAUAGGAAGGAAUUGUAAUAGUAUUUGGCCUCUACUUUGUCUUAGCUGUUAAACUGUUUUUAGUAUUUUUGUUAAAUAUUUGCAAAGGGAAGCAUUUUCUACAGAGGAUAAUUACUUUCAAGAAAAAUAUCUUGAGUUUUAAGAAAUAAACAUCUCCAGAAAAGGAGACAGCCAAUUUUAUAAAAUGUUGCAACUCUCCAACAUUUGGGGUAGUGACUCCUUUUUUGUUAGGACAUUUGAAACUAGCAAGCAGCCAUUGUUUCUAAAAAAGAAAAAAGAAAAAAAAACCUCAGCCUUCAUGUUAAUUCAUGUUUCUUUCACUUCAUUUUGAAAUAGCUAAAAUCAUUAAAACUGUAAAUAUUUUGUUGCUUGGAUAAGCAUCUUCUGGGAACUUUGUAUCUAUGGUAUAUAAUCAUAGAAUUUUAUAUUUUCAUAUAAAGCUAAUUUUUUUUCUAGUUUCAACUCCGUCAUAGUCUUUUUGUUUUGUUUUGGGUUUUUUUUUGUUUGGUUGGUUGGUUUUUUGAUUUUUGGUUUUUUGUGGUGGAUAUGUGAAUUCAACUUUCUGUGUAUUGAAGUAGCAAAAACCAUCUUUGCAUUCCGAAAGAUCCAACAUGUGUUAUUUCUUUGAUGCAGUGAUUGUGAAAAUUGGGUUUUCUUUCUUAAUUCCAUUGACCAUUUGUGCAAUAGGAAUUAGACAUAAUUAGUCACUGAAUACAUUCGUUGCAUUGACCCAUUUGGAAAAAGUGGUUGGUUUGUUUUUUUUUUUUUAGUUUGUUCAGGGGGGGAAGGGUUUUGUAACCUGAAAUUUUUCCCUUUUUUCUUCUGUUUAAAACUAUAUCAAAUCAUUCUAUUAUAGUGUUAUUUAAUAUGUAAAUUGUAUUGCUAUACAUAAAAUAAAGUAUGGUUUUUGAUGUA